CCGUUCCUAGAAGGUAUCAAGAUAAACAAGACAAGAUGUCUGCAACCGAAGCCGUGUUCUGUGCCAAGUGUCCAGGCGGUAAAUGUGGCUGUACUGGUACCGACUGCUGUACUAACAACUGUCGAUGUCCGGGAUGUAAGGUUGGCUGUGGAUGUUUCUCUGCAAAGAAUGCUACUUGUCCUGAUGGAAUUUGCCAGAUGGGGGUAGCAUGCAGUUGUGGAGACUCGUGUAAAUGCAGUGACGCAUGCCAAUGCCCUAAUUGUAAUGCCGGAUGUAAAUGUGCAGGUGCUAACUUCGUGUGUUCCGACGACUGCCAGUCAGGAAAAUGUUGCGGUACCAGCGCAUGUAAGUGCAACGGCAAAUGCGCAUGUCCGAAGUGCAAAUGCAACUGUGCAUCUGGGGCCUGUACGUGCGGUGUGGGCUGUACUGGACCCACAAACUGCAAGUGUGCUACUGAUUGCACGUGCAAGCAGUAAGCGAAGACGUUUUGCCUAAAACCUACAAGUUAUAUGCAAUGGACUGAUCUUCUGUUGUUAGACGUCAUACUUACUGACAUUGAAGUUCAUUUCUUAUUAUUUAGAUACUUUAUAAGCAGAUUAUCGUUAAAAUCCUGUUACUCUGCUGAUGGGUUGUUCUCUUUUUCAGAAACAAUGAAAAAAAAAAUUAAAUGUUUCACUUUUAA